AUGGUAGAAAACAUUUCCAGAACAAACCUUAGCUACCGUGGAGAUACUGGUGGCAUCGAGGAAGCCAUAGAUGACGCACCUUUACAAACUGACUCCAAAUUCUAUGAUGACGAUGGCCGUGUUAAACGAACAGGCACUGUUUGGACUACAUGCUCCCACAUAAUAACAGGUGUGAUAGGAUCUGGAGUGCUCUCCUUAGCCUGUGGCGACACCGAAUUUGGAAAGAGAAACUAUACUUUCAUGGAUGCAGUUCACAAUAUUCUUGGUGGGCCCAGUGUUAAGAUUUGUGGGGUAGUUCAGUACUUGAAUCUUUUCGGAAGUGCAAUAGGAUACAAUAUUGCGGCUGCCAUGAGCAUGAUGGAAAUCAGAAAGUCUUACUGUGUCCAUUCCUCUCAUGGCGAAGACCCGUGUCACGUUUCGGGCAACGCUUACAUGAUAGCUUUUGGUGUGGCACAACUUUUCUUUUCUCAAAUUCCAGAUUUUCACAACACGUGGUGGCUCUCAAUAGUUGCAGCAGUCAUGUCGUUCUUCUAUUCUACAAUUGCUCUCGCUCUUGGAAUUUCCAAAGUUGCAGAAACGGGUACUGUCAUGGGUAGCCUCACAGGAAUAAGCAUCGGGACAGUGACCCCGGCCCAAAAAGUAUGGGGGGUUUUCCAAGCUCUUGGAAAUAUUGCCUUUGCCUAUUCAUAUUCUUUCAUUCUCCUGGAAAUUCAGGACACCAUCAAAUCUCCACCAUCGGAAGGAAAAGCAAUGAAGAAGGCUGCAAAGCUAAGUAUUGGAGUAACCACCACAUUUUAUUUGCUCUGUGGCUGCACGGGCUAUGCUGCUUUUGGAGAUGCUGCACCAGUUCACCUUUUCGGAGCAUACCAAGUGUAUGCCCAACCCCUCUUUGCCUUCGUUGAGAAAGAGGCAGGAAAAAAAUGGCCCAAAAUUGACAAAGGAUUUGAAGUUAAAAUUCCCGGUUUGCCAGUCUACAAUCAAAACAUAUUUAUGUUAGUUUGGCGGACAAUUUUUGUCAUCGUCGCCACAUUGAUUGCAAUGUUGAUUCCUUUUUUCAAUGACGUUUUGGGAGUGAUUGGAGCAUUGGGAUUUUGGCCUUUAACUGUUUACUUUCCUGUGGAGAUGUAUAUUAUUCAGAAGAAGAUCCCAAAAUGGAGUAGGAAAUGGAUUUGUCUGGAAAUAAUGAGUACUUUCUGCCUCUUCGUUUCUGUUGUGGCUGGUCUUGGUUCAUUGAUUGGUGUCUGGAUUGACCUGAAGAAAUACAAACCAUUCAGCUUAGAGAAUUGA